GCGCGGGAAUGGCCACGCGCGGCCGGCGCGCCUGGCUCAGCGUGCUGCUCGGGCUCGUGCUGGGUUUCGUGCUGGCCUCGCGGCUUGUCCUGCCCCGUGCUUCGGAGCUGAAGCGAGCGGGUCCGCGGCGCCGCACCAGCCUCGAGGGCUGCCGGCCCGGGCAGGCGGCGGCGGCGGCGGCAGCAGCAGCAGCAGCGUCCCAGGCCGGCGGAGUGCGCGGCAAUGUGCGGGGGGCGCAGCUGUGGCUGCACGGCUCGGCCCCGGAUGGUGGCCCGCGCGACAGGAACUUUCUCUUCGUGGGAGUUAUGACUGCCCAGAAAUACCUGCAGACCCGCGCUGUGGCUGCCUACAGAACAUGGUCCAAGACAAUUCCUGGGAAAGUGGAGUUCUUCUCUAGUGAGGGUUCAGACACAUCUAUACCAAUUCCAAUAGUGCCACUACGGGGCGUGGAUGACUCCUACCCACCCCAGAAGAAGUCUUUUAUGAUGCUCAAGUACAUGCAUGACCACUACUUGGACAAGUAUGAAUGGUUUAUGAGAGCAGAUGAUGAUGUUUACAUCAAAGGAGAUCGUCUGGAGAGUUUCCUGAGGAGUUUGAAUAGCAGUGAGCCCCUGUUUCUCGGGCAGACAGGACUGGGCACCACAGAAGAAAUGGGGAAACUGGCCCUUGAGCCUGGUGAAAACUUCUGCAUGGGGGGGCCUGGUGUGAUCAUGAGCCGGGAGGUGCUUCGGAGAAUGGUACCACACAUUGGCAAGUGUCUCCGGGAAAUGUACACUACGCACGAGGAUGUGGAAGUAGGAAGAUGUGUCCGGAGGUUUGCAGGCGUACAGUGUGUUUGGUCUUAUGAGAUGCAGCAACUUUUUUAUGAGAAUUAUGAACAGAACAAGAAGGGGUACAUCAGAGAUCUCCAUAACAGUAAGAUUCACCGAGCUAUCACGUUACACCCGAACAAAAACCCACCCUACCAGUACAGACUACACAGUUACAUGCUCAGUCGCAAAAUUGCUGAGCUGCGUCAUCGCACAAUACAGCUCCACCGAGAAAUUGUCCUGAUGAGCAAAUACAGUAACACAGAGAUUCAUAAGGAGGACCUCCAGUUGGGAAUACCCCCUUCCUUCAUGCGGUUUCAGGCCCGCCAACGAGAAGAGAUUCUGGAAUGGGAGUUUCUGACUGGGAAGUAUUUGUAUUCAGCUGCCGAUGGUCAGCCCCCCCGGAGAGGAAUGGACUCAGCUCAGAGGGAAGCCUUGGAUGACAUUGUCAUGCAGGUGAUGGAAAUGAUCAAUGCCAAUGCCAAAACCCGGGGGCGCAUCAUCGACUUCAAGGAGAUCCAGUAUGGUUACCGCCGUGUGAACCCCAUGUACGGGGCAGAAUACAUUCUGGACCUGCUGCUUCUGUACAAGAAGCACAAAGGUAAGAAGAUGACAGUUCCCGUGAGGAGGCACGCAUACCUACAGCAGACUUUCAGCAAGAUCCAGUUUGUGGAGCAUGAGGAACUGGAUGCACAGGAGCUGGCCAAUAGAAUCAAUCAGGACUCUGGAUCCCUAUCCUUCCUCUCCAAUUCCCUGAAGAAGCUUGUUCCCUUCCAGCUCCCUGGGUCCAAGAACGAACGCAAAGAGCCCAAAGAUAAAAAGAUAAAUAUACUGAUCCCUUUGUCUGGACGAUUUGACAUGUUUGUAAGAUUUAUGGGAAACUUUGAGAAGACAUGUCUCAUCCCAAAUCAGAACGUCAAACUUGUUGUCCUGCUUUUCAAUUCUGAUUCCAACCCUGAUAAGGCCAAACAAGUUGAACUGAUGAGAGAUUAUCGCAUUAAGUACCCUAAAGCUGACAUGCAGAUUUUGCCUGUGUCUGGAGAGUUUUCAAGAGCUCUGGCCCUCGAAGUGGGAUCUUCACAGUUUAAUAACGAAUCUUUGCUCUUCUUCUGUGAUGUUGACCUUGUGUUUACUGCCGAAUUCCUGCAACGGUGUCGAGCAAAUACAGUUUUGGGCCAACAAAUAUAUUUCCCCAUCAUCUUUAGCCAGUAUGAUCCAAAGAUUGUUUAUAGUGGGAAAGUUCCCAGUGACAACCAUUUUGCCUUUACUCAAAAAACUGGCUUCUGGAGAAACUAUGGGUUUGGCAUUACUUGUAUUUAUAAGGGAGAUCUUGUCCGAGUGGGUGGCUUUGAUGUUUCCAUCCAAGGCUGGGGGCUGGAGGAUGUGGACCUCUUCAACAAGGUUGUCCAGGCAGGUUUGAAGACGUUCAGAAGCCAGGAGGUAGGAGUGGUACACAUCCACCACCCUGUCUUCUGUGACCCUAAUCUGGAUCCCAAACAAUACAAAAUGUGCUUGGGGUCCAAGGCAUCAACGUAUGGGUCCACGCAGCAGUUAGCUGAAAUGUGGCUGGAGAAAAACGAUCCAAGUUACAGUAAAAGCAAUAAUAAUGGCUCUGCACGGACAGCCUGAUGUCCAGCUCUGCUGGAAGGGACAUUUUUAAUUACCUAAUUUAUUUUUCAAAAAUUUUUGUAUGAUCAGUUUUUGAAGUCCAUACAAGGAUAUAUUUUCCAAGUGGUUUUCUUACAUAGGACUCCUUUAAGAUUGAGCUUUUUGAACAAAAAUGUGAUCAAUGUUUGCCUUUGAAUACAUCUUCUUGCUGAACAUUAUGUAGCAGACCUGCUUAAUUCUGACUUGAAAUAUCCCUGAUGAACAAAACCUUUUAUGUUUUUUUAUAUUUCCUUUCCUGGCCCCUUCUCUGCAGUCCUAUGGCAGAAAACAUGAACAUUCCUAUGAAGUAUUAUUAUAACAAACAAACAAAAAAACACUGUAACUCUGGUAAAUGUUCUAUUGUGACUGUUAACCUUGCACAGAUUCUACCUUUUGUCUUUUUUUUUUACACAAGUUUUUUUUUUUAAAGCCAUCUCAAGUUCCAGUUGUAAAAUAAGUAAAUGUGAUAAUAUCUGUAUCAUUAGCAUCAGCAUCUUCAGCAAAGCUUUCCAAAGUUGAUUAUUUCCCCCACACUGUACUCUACCCAUCAAGGUCAAGUAGCUUUGACAAGCAAGAGGAGUGAGGACAGCACAGCCAGAGCUGGGGUGGUUCCCGGGAUGCCGUGGCCUGAGCAGGCCUGGCACCACAUUGUGAGAAGUGUUUGGCAUUUUCUCUCUUGCUGACCCUUCUCUUUAGAGGGUGAAGUAUUAAUAUUUAGAAUGAUGAAGAAGAAUUACUGUAAUAAUUCUAAUGUAUGCAAACUAAACAAACAAAAACACCCUAAUGAAAACAUGGGGGGAGGUGUAUUUGGUUUCAUUCACUUCGUCCUGUCUGUUGUAGAGUUGGUUACUUCAUUCUUUAAUUACUGUUUGUUUUAUCCUUGACAUCUGAAUACCUUUAAUUUAUUUAAUAUCCAUUGUUUAGAGUUCUGCCAUUUCUUGAGUACCUGUUAGUAUUAGUAUUUAUGUGUACCAGGAGUGUGGUUAGUAUGUUUUAUUUGCAGUAAACCGAUCUCCAAAGAUUUCCUUUUGAAGAGACUUUACCCCUUUCUUAAUUUUCACAUUCCUGUUUUACUAAAUAUUAAGUGUUCUUGGACAAUUUUGGUGCUCAUGUGUUUUGGGGACAAAAGUGAAAUGACUUUGUCAUUACACCAGAAUGUUUGUUUUUAACUCACAGAUCAAAUGUGCCUUAAUUUUUUUUUUCAUUUAAAUUUCAAACAGUUGAUAGGCUUGCCAUUUUAAUACACAUCAUUGGAGAUCUGCUUAUUUGUAAAUAGCCUAUUGCUCAUUUGGAAAAAUAAACCAGUGAACAAUAUUUUUCUAUUGUACUUUUGAAAACCAUUUUGUUUCAUUAUUCCUGUUUUAGCUGAAGAAUUGUAUUACAUUUGGAGAGUAAAAAAAACUUAAACACAGA